UUUUUUGUUGCUGUAUUGAAAGUUAAAAUAGUGCUAAUUUGCUGAGAAAUUGGUUUACUAGUCCUCGGAAAGUAGCCAAAGCGCAUGCGCGUUUUAUUUCCUACGCUCCCUACCCCCUCGAGCCACCAGGGGCUAGUUGUUGGAGCGCAAUGGCGGUGCACCGGGGACCUUCUUCGAAAUGGCUCUUUUCCCGGGAGCAACUAGAAACAACGCCGUCCCGCCGCAGUGGAGUCGAAUCUGAUAGGGAACUUUCUUACCGACAGCAAGCCGCCAACCUAAUUCAGGAUAUGGGCCAGAGACUCAACGUCUCUCAACUCAUCAUCAACACUGCAAUCGUUUACAUGCAUAGAUUUUAUAUGAUUCACUCUUUCACUAAGUUUCAUAGGAAUAUCAUCUCCCAAACAACCUUGUUCCUGGCUGCGAAGGUUGAGGAACAACCUAGGAAGCUUGAACAUGUCAUCAAAGUGGCCCACGCCUGCGUCAACCCCCAGGAUGCCCCACUAGACACCAAGAGCAAUGCAUACCAUCAGCAAGCUCAGGAGCUGGUGAUACUAGAAACGAUAGUACUGCAGACGCUAGGUUUUGAAAUAACAAUUGAACAUCCUCACACUGAUGUUGUGAGAUGUUCCCAGCUAGUGCGAGCAAGCAAGGAUUUGGCACAGACUUCCUAUUUCAUGGCUACCAACAGGUUGUUAUCCUGACCCCGCCCCCCACUAUGUUGCACUGUGAUGGCACACUAUAGCUUCCUGUACUUGCAGGUCCCCCUUCCUGUGUCCAACGCCCUCUUUGCGCCAGGCAGGUUUCUGGGAAACCUCUAGGGGCGGUACCGGACAGCCAGCCAGGCUGCAGCAGUGCGGUGUAUUGUACAAGGGCUCAGUGUUGGCACAUAGGGGUUGAAUGCACAAUGUGAACGUGUUGGUGGCGCUGUAGACUGUCCUCACUGACCGUUUGGUUGCUACAGAGUGCAUAUGUCUCCUCCUUCCUAAAACACAAUUGGUAGCCUGAAUAUAGCUUGCCACUAAAGAUCAGUGAAAAGAUGUAAACUAUAGCAUCUGUCCCG